CGACGGCAUACGCACAAGCGAGAGUCAACUGUGCCGGCGGUUAGAAAGUGCUCCAAAAACACAAAUAUUGGACGUUUUUGCAACCUAUCGACGGUGCAAAGUGUAUCUGACUGCGUUAGGACAUGGUUUAAAGCAUGCAUAUUUCGUGAAAAGAAACAUCGGCCUUGCAAUGGAGCCUCCGGAUCGUAACAAGCCCAGCAGGCAGGCCAACCCACUGGACAAUGUGUCUCAACAAAAUGAGGAGGAAGAAUCCUGCGACUCUCCCAGCGAGGAAGAGGAAGCAGCAUACAGCACUUCUCCUCCUUUCAGCCAGCGUCAGAUGAAACGCAUGUCAGGGAAGCACCAAAGAAACUGUCAAGCAAGGAGUGGUCGCCGUUCUCCCAACAAAGUGGAAGCAAAUCCAUCCGUGAUGAAGGAGUGUCCAAGACUGGUGGAGACUCCUGAAGAACAUAGCUACAAGCAGGGUAAAAAGCAGCGAGACACAAUACGCACCUCUGCAAGAGACAACAAGAAGACCUUUGAAAGCUCCUUCAUGCUAGACCCCCUCUCAAAGUCUGGCCCUUUUGGUGCCCUCAGCAUGGAUCCACGCAAACAUUACUUGAGCUUAAGUAGCAAGCUCCCAGUUUCUAUGCCUCACAUGGCGCGAACUCACAGGCAAACCUCCAGAACUGACUGCCCAGCCGACCGCCUCAAGUUUUUUGAAACACUGCGGUUGCUCCUUAAACUCACAUCAAUGUCCUCCAAAAGAAAGGAGAAGGAGCAGAGGGGCCUGGAGAAUAUGGCUUUUAUGGGCCAUAACAAUGAGGUUAUUUGGUUGGAACUUCAGGCAUGGCAUGCACGACGCUCCACUAGUGACCAAGACUUAUUUUUGUUCACUGCCCGCCAGGCCAUUCCUGACAUCAUAAAUGAGGUGUUGCACUUUAAGGUCAACUAUGGUAGUCUGCGAUUGGCCCAGAGUUCUGAGUUUCAGUCAUCGCAGGAGGACUCUCAGAGCGGGAGUGAUGAACACUCUGAGAGCACUCAGUCUGUUGUGGAGGUAAAUCACAUUGGGGCUGACCAAUGGGGCUUCAGUGCCUGCCCCUCCAUGAAUGCAGCAGAGCCUCUGGGCUCUGGGGCAGACUGCAGGGAGCACCUUCAGCGGCAGCGGCUGGCCUUUGAACAGGUCAAGCGUGUCAUGGAGUUACUGGAGUCUGUGGAAGCCUUGUACCCAUCUUUGCAAGCCUUGCAGAGGGAUUAUGAAAAGUAUGCAGCUCGGGACUUCCAGGGUAGGGUGCAGGCACUCUGCCUGUGGCUUAAUAUCACUCAGGACCUUAACCAGAAGCUACGUGUUAUGGCCACUCUGCUUGGCCUGCACGAUCUGUCACGCAUUGGGUGGCCAGUGUUUGAAAUCCCCUCUCCUCGCUGUUCCCGUGGAAAUGAGGAAGAUGAGAAUGAAGAGGAUGAGGAGAAUGAUUCAACAGCCACAUACACCGCUGAGAGCGACGCAGAGGAGGAGGUGACACUGGGCCCGGUGCCGGAGGGAGAUCUGUCUCCCUCUCUCACUCCCAAAUUUGCUCGAUUGUUAUCGGAGGAUGAGUUUCUGUCUUCUGCUGGCACUACAGACACAUCUGGAGGAGUAUUCUGUCCAACUGCAAUUUACAGACCGUUUGUGGAUAAAGCUCUGAAACAAAUGGGACUGCGAAAACUUAUCUUGAGACUGCACAAACUCAUGGACCGGUCUUUGCAGCGAUCGAGGGCAGCCCUGCUCUGCCAUGUCCCAGCACAAGAGUUUUCCGAUUUCCCAGACUCCAUGUUGUAUAGUGACUACCUGCCGGAGCUGUCCCGUACUGUAUCAUGCAGUGGCUCUGGACUUCUGGACCAGGUUUCCUGGGAGGAUUUGCAGGACAUGGACCUCCCAUCUUUCCGACCUGCGUUCCUUGUGCUGUGUAGAGUACUUCUUAAUGUUAUUCACGAAUGCCUUAAACUGCGACUUGAACAGAGGCCUGCUGGUGAACCCUCUCUCCUCAGCAUCAAACAGUUGGUGCGAGAGUGUAAAGAAGUUCUCAAAGGUGGCCUUUUGAUGAAACAAUACUAUCAGUUCAUGCUGUGUGGAGUUGUUACUGACGCUCAGGGGCUGCAGACUAACGCUAAUAUUGAUGAGUUUGAGGAAGAUCUGCACAAAAUGCUUGUGGUCUACUUUGACUACAUGCACAGUUGGAUCCAGAUGCUGCAGCAGCUGCCCCAGGCCUCACACAGUUUAAAGAACUUGUUAGAGGAGGAAUGGCAUUUCACCAAGGUCAUUACUCCCUACAUCAGAGGGGGAGAGGCCCAGUCAGGGAAGCUGUUCUGUGACAUCGCUGGUAUGCUAUUAAAAUCCACUGGAGAGUUUCUUGAUGCUGGCUUGCAAAAAAGUAGCAAAGAAUUCUGGGAAAAUGCAGAUGAUAGCACAGCAUCAGAUGAGAUCAGGCGUUCGGUUAUUGAAACUAGUCGAUCGCUUAAAGAAUUAUUUCACGAGGCCAGAGAGCGAGCCUCCAAGGCCCUGGGCUUUGCAAAAAUGCUUCGCAAGGACUUGGAAAUUGCAGCCGAUUUCACUAUCACAAAUGGAGUGCCUUGUCUUUUGGAAGCACUCAAGAAGAGAAAUUACGUGAAGGUUGUAAUUCCUGGUUUAGAAGAACUUCAAGUGUUUGUUCCCUGUGGCCUGAUGGAGCAGCGGCCUAUGAUCCUGCAGCUACUCAAUGCUGCAGCUGGAAAAGACUGCUCCAAAGAACCAGACGAAAUCCCAGAGGAGGAGGCCUACCUCCUGAUGAGCAAACGUGGAGCUUCCUCUGAGUCUGAGUGGACUCAGUGGGAUGGAGACUCGCUCACUCUGGUGUCACAGCUCGAGACAGUGGACACUUUGAGUGCAAUGACGGUUGAAAAUAUGCUUUUAAUUGUGACACAUUCGGCUCACCUGGUCACCCAGCGCAAGGCAUUUCAGCAGUCUAUGGAGGAUGUGCUCACGCUGAACAGAGAGCAAACCUCAAGCCAACCGCUCAUUGCAACCGCACUGCAGGAACUUAAGAAUGAAGCACUACAGCUCUGCAUAAAGAUCAGCUCUGCCAUAGACCAGGUGGAGUACAUGUUCACUACAGAUAUUGAGACCGAAGUGGAGGAGUCAGAGUCCGCCACACUGCACCAGUACUACAGAGAGGCCAUGAUACAGGGAUACAACUUUGCUUUUGAGUACCACAAGGAGGUUGUACGUCUGAUGUCUGGAGAGUUCAGGCAAAGGAUUGGGGAACGAUACAUUGCGUUUGCCCGUAAAUGGAUGAACUAUGUCCUGACCAAAUGUGAAAGUGGCAGAGGAACAAAGCCCAGGUGGGCAACUCAGGGUUUUGAUUUUCUUCAGGCAAUUGAACCAGGUUUUAUUUCAGCACUACCAGAGGAAGACUUCUUGAAUUUACAAGCCUUGAUGAAUGAAUGCAUUGGACACGUAAUUGGGAAGCCUCAUAGUCCAGUAACGGGGAUGUACAUUGCACCCAGGAACAGCCCUCGUCCAGUUAAGGUUCCCCGAUGCCAUAGUGACCCUCCAAAUCCAAACCUGUUUAUUUCUAAUGCUGAGGGGUUUAGCUCCCGAAGCCUUCCCUGUGACCUCCGGACCCAACUGUUCCCCAACGGCCCCCGUCCCGUCCCUGUGGGCCCCGGAGACAACUCCAAAGCACCCAGCAGCACCCCCAAUGAUGCCAGAGUAUCAUCCAGUUUCCAUGAAAAUGACAGAGUCUCAUCAGUUGCUGCAGAAUUACAAUUUAAAUCUAUAAGUCGUCAUUCAAGCCCCACAGAGGACAGAGAAGAGCCCUCAUAUCCUCGAGGAGACCCUACUGUUGUUCGCCGAAGCUGGGAGCUACGCACCUGCAUCAAGGAUGCAGCUGCAAGACAGUGUCCUAUGGAAAAUGUUCGGCGGUCUAUUCGCAAGUUUGAAGAAAAACGCUACGCCGUUUUGAAACAACGCAAUAUCAUCGGCCAAGUGUGUCACACACCAAAGUCCUAUGACAACGUAAUGCAUGUGGGACUCAGGAAAGUGACUUUCAAAUGGCAGAGGGGCAACAAGAUCGGUGAGGGACAGUAUGGAAAAGUAUACACCUGUAUCAAUGUUGACACUGGAGAAUUAAUGGCGAUGAAGGAGAUUCGAUUUCAGCCAAAUGAUCACAAAACAAUAAAGGAAACUGCUGAUGAGUUGAAAAUAUUUGAAGGAAUUAAACAUCCUAACUUGGUGCGGUACUUUGGAGUUGAGCUUCAUCGGGAGGAGAUGUACAUCUUUAUGGAGUACUGUGAUGAGGGCACAUUAGAGGAAGUGUCCCGCCUAGGGCUGCAGGAGCAUGUGAUCCGGCUGUACAGUAAACAAAUCACCACGGCCAUCAACGUUCUGCAUGAACACGGCAUUGUACACAGAGACAUUAAGGGAGCAAAUAUUUUUCUCACAUCAUCUGGUCUUAUAAAGCUGGGUGACUUUGGCUGCUCAGUGAAGUUAAGAAACAACACUCAUACAAUGCCAGGAGAGGUCAACAGCACCUUAGGCACUGCAGCAUACAUGGCACCGGAGGUCAUUACCAGAGCAAAGGGAGAAGGUCAUGGACGUGCAGCAGAUAUUUGGAGUCUGGGCUGUGUGCUUAUCGAAAUGGUGACUGGAAAGAGGCCAUGGCAUGAGUAUGAGCACAACUUCCAGAUCAUGUACAAAGUGGGAAUGGGCCACAAACCGCCAAUCCCAGAGAAACUCAGCGCUGAGGGGAAAGAAUUCCUUGGCCACUGUUUAGAGAGUGAACCCAAGCGGCGCUGGACUGCCAGCAUGCUGUUAGACCACACAUUUGUAAAGGUCUGUACGGAUGAGGAGUAAAAGGAACUUUCUGUGGCUUUUUAAGUUUACAAAUGAAGCACUACUGUACAUGCUGUUAGCAACAUGAACUGUGGAGGUGUGGAGGAUUUAUUGCUGAAGGCACAUGGAGCUAAACUGAGGAACACAGAUCAUUUCAGAGGACAACUGGACCUAAGAGCACUGGGUCCUGUCUUGUAGAACCAUGGACUGUACAUACUGUAAGAAGAGGAAUGGCUUUAACUCUUGUACAAACAAAAUUGUAAAGUUUAACUAACUAUUACCACAAAUGUUCUUUUCACUGGUGAACAGACCUCCAAAAAAGGCAUUUAUUUUGUUUUUCUUUUAAUGGGGCAUGGGGUGGGUGGGGCUUAAUCAAUGGCACUUUUUAAACUGUCUAUCCAAGGGAGCAGUUGACUAGAAUAGGGGGAGUCUAAUUGUGCGUGGUUUUAAUUGCCACUCAGUGGAAGGAAUUGCUUGUUCAAUGAAUUGAAUACCAUUCAAAUAUUCAUAUUAAUUUAUCACUUGUCUAUUUUGGCAAGCCUGGGCAGGAAGGAUUUCAUUUUUAUUUUAUUUUUUCUUUGCCUUUGCUGAGGAGUAAAUGUCAAAUGUCCAAGCAUUGUACAAGUGUGGUGAAUAAGAUAUAUUUUCAUGUGACUGGAGCAUAGCGGACGAACCGGAGUAACUGGGCACGCUCCCCCUCCCUGCUGCUGGAGACAAACGGCCAAAAACACAAAACACAUAAACCACUGGGUCUCUGCUGCUCUCACAGUGUUUGCUAUGUACAAACAAUAUUAAUAAACCAAUCAUUUUUUUUAAAGAAA